UUUAGUUGGGUCAUUUGUCUUUUUAUUGCUCAGUGGUAAGCAGAGCAUGUUUAGAAAGUACAAUUUCAAACAGCUUGGGGUAUUCGCCUGGUAGUGUGCUUUGUCUGUCUUCCUCAGGCGAGAAGAAUUUUUAUUUUUAAGACUUUUAAGAUCUUCAGGUAGAAGUGUAAUGGACAUUACUUACCUGAUAACUUGUCCCGGUUUGGAAGCUCGACAGAAGAAGAAAAUGUGGCAGGAAAGAGCACUGGUUCUUCUUGCAGUGAAUCCAGACUGCAGACACUCUAGGGGAGCUUAUUACAUAGUGUCAGUAGGAGAAUGGGAGAAUUUGCUGUCCUGUAACCUAAGGAAAUGGGCAGUGCACAUGCAUCUGUGGAAGAGCCUGACCGUUUUCUCUGCAUUUCCUCUGUUCCAGGGCAGGCCUGCUUUGCCCAUGGAGCUUUGCAGCUAUAAAUUAGACAGAAGUGCAGUAUUGAGGCUGUCCAAGUGCAGGGAGGGUAAUUGCUCUGGACAGGUUUACAAUAGGGAGGUGUGAAGUGCUUGGUGGAGACCAGAAGCUGGGGGAAGGGAGGAUGUAUUGAACUUGGGCGGCUGCAGGGUGGUGGGCUGACAGAGCUAAUUGAAAACUAUGGCCCCGGUGGCUUUUAAUGGGAAAGGGAGCCGAGGUCUGCAGUGGUUUUCUUUAGCAAGAAACCAGAAGGAAAAUGGCUCAUUGAGCUACUCAGGGAGUUAGUACUAAAUUUCUGCAGGCCUGGGUGUAGAGGGUCAGGUUUUCUGAGUUUAGUUUUUAAUUUCCUACUCCUUAGUCCCAUUCUAGAUAAACUGACAGGAGGGUGGUGGUGAGCUUGAGAAAAGGCCUUCCGGGACGUGUUGAAAAAAAACACUGACUCCCCACACCCCACCCUUGGAGAUCCAUGAGUUAGGGAGGUGGUCAGUGGGCUGCAUUGUCUAGACAAGUGAGAUAAUAAUGACAUGGUAGCCUCUGUUAGUCCUCCAGUCAGAAUUUAGUGUGCCAGGACCUGGGAAUCUGCAUUGUAAACAGCUGUUGGAGGAAAUUGCUUUGGAGUCUUAAAUGUGAGGGCAGACACUGAAGGCAGUGCCUACCUUAUUGACCUGUGUGGGCCUCCUGCACACAGCAAGUGCUUAAUAAACACUUGCGUAUUUAUUUCCACACCAACUGUGAGUUACCGUUGAGUUUUCUGCCUUGACAAUAUCCGGGACACUGCUUUAUCAUGUCCCUGAAACUCCUGCUGGCACACACCUGUCGCGAUAACCAUGGGUUGGCUGUUCUACACAUCUGCCCUUUGGGGUUAACUGUUAUUUUCUGCCCCAUGUUAACUGGGUUACCUUUUCAGGACCUCCUGCAUGCACUGAAAUUAGUUGUGUAUUAACAAAAAAAACAUAAAACUAAAAACUGGAUUUAUCUCCAUUUAUUUCCAAUUCUGUGGUAGCAACUUCCAGAAAGUCCGUUCAUAGGCGGGAAAUAAAAGGUGUGGAGAUGGAUUUUCAUCCUAUCACCUAAUAAAAGGUGUGGAGAUGUGCUGUGGUUAAUGUGUAACCUCUUUAACAAGGCUUAUGUAGAUGUUGAUGUUGCCUUGAAGCCAUUGCAGGCCUACAAACCUAGGCUGUGUGUCAUGUGUUGGUAGGAAGUCCUUGGCUUUGCAGCUAACUCAUACCCUCAAGGUUUAAUUUUCUUUGGUCAAAACAACCGCCCAGAGCUGUUUGGUAAUCCUCCUAUCCUGCAGCAGGCCACUCCUAUCCUGUAGUGUGCCACUCAAAUAGUUGCUGGAGAAGGCUUUAUUAGAUCAGUGUCCUCCCCGAUCCUCCUCCCCCUCCCCUUUCCGUAGGUGUGUCCCCAAUAUACUUCUGCAUGAUUUUACCUUUCUGGUUCUGAUGAUAACAUUUUUAAAAAUGAAAGAAUGGACUUAAGUGAGAUAAAGGAAGAAAGGUGGACAGGAUAAGGUUUGGGGCGAGAGGGGAUUGGGUCCUCCUUUUUAGGGGAUGACGGAGGUAUAGAAACUGAUCUUCCCCUUGUAAUAAGACAUCCUGGGCUGAAGUCCAGGCAGCUUGCCUCUCAGAUGAGGUAAUUCCAGCCCUACCUACUGCUCCAUUGUGCCUUGGCAUCUUUGGGGAUUGUCCAUUUGGAGGGGCCGGAUUAGAAAAGGGAGAGCAUAAUCACAGUAAUGUUCUAACAGCAAACUAGGAUCAUCUUGUCCUGUAUUUUUGCCUUGCCAGAAUUAUCUAACUGUUCCGUCUGAGAGGCAAAAUUAAGGACAGGAGUUUGGAUACCAUGGAAUCCAGAGGGCAGAUGACCCGGGUCAUGGUGUGUCUGGCUCAACAAAUAACAUUUUGAAGUGCCACCUGGCCCUGAUGGCAACAGCAGCCAUCAGUUAAAAAAAACAGCUGUUAAGUAAGAGCAAGAACAGGAGUGUUUGUGCAAACAACCUUUAAAUUUUCUGAUCCUUGAUGAAUGUUAGUUGGUUUGUGAAUUAUUAACUUCAGCGUGUGUGAGGAAAUACUGGCUCCUUAAGUAUAUUUUUAUGUAAGAAAAAAAUAAAAGUGACCACACCCUCAUCUGCUACCAUUUUGGGCUCAGUUUCUGCCUGCUCUCAGGCGUAUUUAAAGUAGAGGUAGGAAUGCUGGUUCCUUAUGGACCACAUGUGCGUCAUGCGUCAUGGCACAUCAGUUGCCAUCACAAUUUCGCUUUGAAGAGAAUGGAAGUGUUUUGCAGCCUGCUGGUAUAUAUAAAAACCUGAGUUACAACAAACUCUCUGAGAUUGACCCUGCUGGUUUUGAGGACUUGCUGAAUCUACAGGAAAUGUACCUCAAUAAUAAUGAGUUGACAGCCGUGCCAUCCCUGGGUGCUGCUUCAUCGCAUGUCGUCUCUCUCUUUCUGCAGCACAAUAAGAUUCGCAGUGUGGAGGGGAGCGUGCUAAAGGCCUACGUUUCCUUAGAAGUGUUGGAUCUGAGUUCAAACAACAUCACGGAAGUCCGGAACACCUGCUUUCCACAUGGACCGCCUAUAAAGGAGCUCAACCUGGCUGGCAACCGGAUUGGCACCCUGGAGUUGGGAGCAUUUGAUGGUCUGUCACGGUCGCUGCUAACUCUUCGCCUGAGCAAAAACAGGAUCACCCAGCUUCCUGUAAGAGCGUUCAAGCUACCCAGGCUGACACAACUGGACCUCAAUCGGAAUCGGAUUCGGCUGAUAGAGGGCCUCACGUUCCAGGGGCUCAACAGCUUGGAGGUGCUGAAGCUUCAGCGAAACAACAUCAGCAAACUGACAGACGGGGCCUUCUGGGGACUGUCCAAGAUGCAUGUGCUGCACCUGGAGUACAACAGCCUGGUGGAAGUGAACAGCGGCUCGCUCUAUGGCCUCACGGCCCUGCAGCACCUCCACCUCAGCAACAACUUCAUCGCUCGCAUUCACCGCAAGGGCUGGAGCUUCUGCCAGAAGCUGCAUGAGUUGGUCCUGUCCUUCAACAACCUGACACGGCUGGACGAGGAGAGCCUGGCUGAGCUGAGCAGCCUGAGUGUCCUGCGCCUCAGCCAUAAUUCCAUCAGCCACAUUGCGGAGGGCGCCUUCAAGGGACUCAAGAGCCUGCGAGUCUUGGAUCUGGACCAUAACGAGAUUUCAGGCACAAUAGAGGACACGAGUGGCGCCUUCUCAGGGCUCGACAGCCUCAGCAAGCUGAGUCUGUUUGGAAACAAGAUCAAGUCUGUGGCUAAGAGAGCAUUCUCGGGGCUGGAAGGCCUGGAGCACCUGAACCUUGGAGGGAAUGCGAUCAGAUCUGUCCAGUUUGACGCCUUUGUGAAGAUGAAGAAUCUUAAAGAGCUCCAUAUCAGCAGCGACAGCUUCCUGUGUGACUGCCAGCUGAAGUGGCUGCCCCCGUGGCUAAUGGGCAGGAUGCUGCAGGCCUCUGUGACAGCCACCUGUGCCCACCCAGAAUCACUGAAGGGCCAGAGCAUUUUCUCUGUGCCACCGGAGAGUUUCGUGUGUGAUGACUUCCUGAAGCCACAGAUCAUCACCCAGCCAGAAACCACCAUGGCUAUGGUAGGUAAGGACAUACGGUUCACGUGCUCAGCAGCCAGCAGCAGCAGCUCCCCGAUGACGUUUGCCUGGAAGAAGGACAACGAAGUCCUGACCAACGCAGACAUGGAGAACUUUGUCCACGUCCACGCACAGGAUGGGGAGGUGAUGGAGUACACCACGAUCCUGCAUCUCCGCGAGGUCACUUUCGGGCAUGAGGGCCGCUACCAGUGUGUCAUCACCAACCACUUCGGCUCCACCUAUUCACACAAGGCCAGGCUCACUGUGAAUGUGUUGCCAUCAUUCACCAAAAUGCCUCAUGACAUAACCAUCCGGACCACCACCAUGGCCCGCCUCGAAUGUGCUGCCACAGGUCACCCGAACCCCCAGAUUGCCUGGCAGAAGGAUGGAGGCACGGAUUUCCCCGCUGCCCGUGAGCGACGCAUGCAUGUCAUGCCAGAUGACGACGUGUUUUUUAUCACUGAUGUGAAAAUCGAUGACGCAGGGGUUUACAGCUGUACUGCCCAGAACUCAGCCGGCUCCAUUUCAGCUAAUGCCACCCUGACUGUCUUAGAGACCCCAUCCUUGGCAGUGCCCUUGGAAGACCGUGUGUUAUCUGUGGGAGAAACGGUAGCCCUCCAAUGCAAAGCGACUGGGAACCCUCCGCCCCGCAUCACCUGGUUCAAGGGGGACCACCUGCUGAGCCUCACUGAGCGGCACCACUUGACCCCUGACAACCAGCUGCUUGUGGUUCAGAAUGUGGUGGCAGAGGAUGCGGGCCAGUAUACCUGUGAGAUGUCUAACACCCUGGGCACAGAGCGAGCUCACAGCCAGCUGAGCAUCCUGCCUGCGGCCAGCUGUAGGAAGGAUGGGACCACGGUGGGCAUCUUCACCAUCGCCGUGGUGAGCAGCAUCGUUCUAACGUCGCUGGUUUGGGUGUGCAUCAUCUACCAGACGAGGAAGAAGAGUGAGGAGUACAGUGUCACCAACACAGAUGAAACCAUUGUGCCACCAGAUGUUCCAAGCUACCUCUCUUCUCAGGGGACCCUUUCUGACCGACAAGAAACCGUGGUCAGGACCGAGGGUGGCCAUCAGGCCAAUGGGCACAUUGAGAGCAAUGGUGUCUGUCCAAGAGAUCCAAGCCGCUUUGCAGAGGCCGAUGCUCACAGCGUUGCCUGCAGGCAGCCGAAGCUCUGUGUUGGUUACCACAAAGAGCCGUGGAAAGCGACAGAGAAAGCUGAAGGGACACCUGGGCCACAUCAGAUGGAACAUGGUGGCCGGGUUGUAUGCAGUGACUGCAGCACUGAGGUGGACUGUUACUCCAGGGAACAAGCCUUCCACCCCCAGCCUGUGUCCAGAGACAGCGUGCAGCCAGGUGCGCCGCAUGGCCCGGAGGCAGGUGGGAGUGACCGAGAGCAUUCUCCACAUCACCAGUGCAGCGGGACUGCUGCUGGGUCCUGCCCUGAGUGCCAGGGGUCGCUCUACCCCAGUAACCACGAUAGAAUGCUGGCGGCUGUGAAGAAAAAGCGAGCGGCAUCUCUAGACGGGAAAGGGGAUUCUUCCUGGACUUUAGCAAGGCUGUAUGACCCGGACUCAGAGCUGCAGCCUGCAUCUUCGUUAUCUUCAAGCAACCCAGAGCGCACAGAAGCCCAGCACUUGCUUGUUUCCAAUGGCCACCUCCCCAAAGCAUGUGACUCCAGUCCCGAGUCCACACCACUGACAGGACAGCUCCCUGGCAAACAGAGGGUGCCCCUGCUGUUGGCACCAAAAAGCUAGGUUUUGUCUACCUCAGCUCUUGUCAUGCCAAUCUCUACGGGAAAGAGAGGUAGGAGAGGCGGUGAGGAAGCCUGGGUUCAGGCGUCACUGAUGUGGAUGGAUAUAGUUGUAACUGCCAUGUGGAGUAUCCGUCGUUCACAGGACUUGCAUCUGAAGCACAGAAAUGCAAGAGGGUAUUUGUGUACAAAAGGCAGAAAAAGUAUUUGAUACCAUUGUACAUAAGAGUUUUCAGAGAUUUCAUAUAUAUCUUUUACAGAGGCUAUUUUAAUCUUUAGUGCAUGGUUAACAGAAAAAAAAAUUAUACAAUUUUGACAAUAUUAUUUUUCAUAUCAGGUUGCUGUUUAAUUUUGGAGGGGGGGAGGGGAAAUAGUUCUGGUGCCUUAACGCAUGGCUGGAAUUUAUAAAGGCUACAACCACAUUUGUUCCCAGGAGUUUCUGGUGUGGGGUGGGGAAGGAUGGAAGGGCUUGGAUUUGUAUUGCACUUCAUAUACAGACCCCUAGGCUGCUGCUCGGUUGGCCUCCACACUCAACGUGCGCUGGAAGGAGCUUCAGGUGAGCACUGCUUGUGUGUAGAUGCCUCUGUCACAGGCCUCCCUGUAGCGCCACGGGAGCAGGUGCCGUCCACACUGCAGUGAAUAGCUUUUCCUGUUAAGUGCUGUCUGUCUUUCAGGAGUAGAAUGAGGGUUGUUUGUUAAUCCAAGUGGUCAGAACAGUUACACACUGCCUUUCCUCCUCCUCUGAAGCUUAUUUUAUGAUAAAAGCAAAUGUGGCCCUAUCAGUAUCAUUCGAUUGCUAUUUGAGACUUUUAAUUAAGGUAAAGGCUGCUGGUGUUGGUACCUGUGGAUUUUUCUAUAGUGAUGUUUUCGUUCUGCCAAUAUAAUUAGCAUUACAUUGGCCUUGGGGGAUAAAAAGGAGGAAGUUCUUACUUUUCAGGGCUACCUUAUUUCUACUGAGGAUCCAGAGCAGGGCUGUCCAUGUGCCUUUCCCUCGCACAGAUGAAACUGAGCUGGGACUGGAAAAGACUUCACCCUUGACCUGGGUUCUGGGUGUAUUUGCACUUUUGAGACCUGUAGCUAACCAUCUUGUGAGUGCCAAUGUGUAAUUUAGUAAAAAUUACAUAGAAACAAACAAGGUCCUUAAAAUGUUCCUUUGGCCAAAAGCUGAAGGGAGUUACUGAGAAAAUAGUUAACAAUGUCAAUUUUACUGUCAGGUGUCAUCACUGUUCAAAA